AUGAGACAUGUCCUUGUCGAGGUGUUGGUUCUGACCUUUUUGUUCGUCUUGGAGUUGAGCUAUGCGUAUGCACCAAUCGUAUUGUAUCAAUGGGUCGUAUCUUAUUCUCAACGUUCCAUUCUUGGAGGCAACAAGCAGAUCAUAGUGAUCAAUGACAUGUUUCCUGGACCAAUCCUUAAUGCAACAGCAAACGAUAUCAUAAUCGUCAACAUUUUCAACAAUUUGAAUGAACCCUUUCUUAUGACUUGGAAUGGAUUACAAUUGCGGAAGAACUCGUGGCAAGACGGAGUUCGAGGGACAAAUUGUCCCAUACCACCGGGGACAAAUUGGACGUACCGUUUUCAGGUGAAGGAUCAGAUCGGAAGUUACUUUUACUUUCCGUCGCUUCUACUUCAGAAAGCUGCUGGAGGUUACGGUGCUAUUAGAAUCAAUACCCCCGAACUUGUGCCAGUUCCAUUCCCAACGCCCGACUAUGAAUACGACAUAUUGAUCGGAGAUUGGUUCUAUUCCGACCAUACGGAUAUGAGAGCUUCACUUGACACUGGUCACAGUUUGCCAAAUCCUGAUGGUAUUCUUUUUAACGGGCGUGGUCCUGAAGAGACCUUUUUUGCAUUUGAACCUGGUAAAAUGUAUAGGCUAAGAAUAUCAAACGUGGGUCUCAAAACAUGUUUAAACUUUAGGAUCCAAGACCAUGAUAUGCUUCUAGUUGAGACAGAGGGUACGUACGUUCAGAAACGUGUUUACUCCAGCCUCGACAUCCACGUGGGUCAAUCAUACUCUGUUCUCGUCACUGCUAAAACCGACCCGGUCGGAAUUAGCCGCUCCUACUACAUAUUAGCCACAGCCCGGUUCGUUGAUUUCUACCUUGGCGGUAUAGCGUUAAUUCAAUAUCCCAACUCCCCCAUCGACCCGGUCGGAUCAGUUCCACUCGCACCUGCUUCGUGGGAUUACAGUUCCUCGGUGGAACAAGCCCUAUCCAUCCGAAUGGACCUAAACGUUGGAGCGGCAAGAUCAAACCCACAAGGUUCGUACCACUACGGACGUAUAAACGUAACCAGAACGAUAAUAUUACAUAACGACGUCAUGUUAUCGUCGGGCAGACUUCGUUACACAAUUAACGGGGUUUCGUUUGUCUACCCCGAAACUCCGUUAAAGCUCGCUGAUCAUUUCCAGCUAAAUGACACGAUCAUACCCGACAUGUUCCCGAAUUACCCUUCCAACAAAACACCGAGUUUAGGCACUUCAGUGGUCGAUAUACAUUACAAAGAUUUCGUCCACAUCGUGUUCCAGAAUCCUCUGUUUGAGUUGGAGAGUUAUCACAUCGAUGGUUACAAUUUCUUCGUUGUCGGAUAUGGAUUUGGAGCUUGGUCUGAGAGCAAAAGAGCUGGAUAUAACUUAGUGGAUGCUGUUUCACGAUCAACAAUCCAGGUUUAUCCAUAUUCAUGGGCAGCAAUACUAAUAGCUAUGGAUAAUCAAGGAAUGUGGAACGUGAGAUCACAAAAAGCAGAGCAAUGGUAUCUUGGUCAAGAGCUUUAUAUGAGAGUUAAAGGUGAAGGACAAGAAGAUCCUUCGAAUAUUCCGGUUAGAGAUGAAAAUCCGAUACCGGAAAAUGUCAUCCGUUGCGGCAGAGUUCUUUAA